AUGCCUGAAUUUGAAAAGACUGCAGCUGAGAAGACAGAUAUUGAUGACAUUGUUAAGAUCAGUGAUACAGAGAAGAAGAAUGAUUCAACUAUAGUUUCAAUGAAGAAAAUGCCUAUAUCUUUUAAGCACAAGACAUUGAGUCUGAUUGCACUGAAACUCUUGAAAUGUGUUCAAAUCAGCCGCACAGUUGAUUGUAGAGCUCAAGAUCUGAAGAUACUGAGACAGCUGCCUAAUCUUGAUAAGCAUAAUCUGAACACUGUUCAGGCUGUGUGA